UUGGAUUUCACUCGGUCGACUGAGCUAUUGGACAAGGCUUUUUAGAUUACAGCACGCCGUUGGAGAGAGCCGUUGUGACUAGGUGAAAAGUGCUGUAUUUUACUGAGCGGUCAUUAAUAGUCCGAGCCAUUCUCACAGUUUAGGUUUUAAACUAACACGAACAUUACAAAUAAAACGAUGUCGUCGGACUCCUGGGCCCAGGCAGUGGACGAGCAAGAGGCCGCGGCGGAAUCGAUUGGCAACCUUCAGAUAAAAGAGACGCGCGCAGAAAAUGGUACAUCUGUCCCGUCAGCAGAAUCUGAAAAAAAACAAGAAGUGCCAGAAAACUCGACAGGAGAUAAGGCUAAAGAGGAGGAGGAAAACGUCGACAAGGCAGCACAGUCCUUGUUAAACAAACUCAUCAGAAGCAAUCUUGUGAACACCACCAAUCAAGUAGAAGUACUGCAGAAGGAUCCCAACUCGCCGCUGUACUCUGUCAAAUCAUUCGAGGAGUUGCAUCUCAAACCGCAGCUCCUCCAGGGUGUCUAUGGCAUGGGUUUUAACCGGCCUUCCAAAAUCCAGGAAACCGCCUUACCUAUGAUGCUCGCUGAACCUCCACAGAAUCUGAUAGCCCAGUCUCAAUCAGGAACAGGAAAAACGGCUGCCUUUGUCCUCGCCAUGCUCAGCCAUGUCAAUCCUGACUACAAGCAUCCCCAGUGCCUGUGUUUGUCACCCACCUAUGAACUGGCGCUUCAAACUGGCAAAGUCAUUGAACAGAUGGGCAAAAACUAUCCCGAAGUGAAGUUGGUUUACGCCAUCCGGGGAAAUAGACUGCAGAGAGGCGUAAAACUUCAAGAGCAAAUAGUCAUCGGCACGCCCGGCACCAUGUUGGACUGGUGCGGGAAGUUAAGAUUCAUCGAUCCCGAGAAGAUCCGGGUCUUCGUGCUGGACGAGGCUGAUGUCAUGAUCGCAACACAGGGUCACAAAGACCAGAGUAUUCGCAUCCAAAGGAUGCUGCCCAAAAAUUGUCAGAUGUUGCUCUUCUCGGCCACUUUUGAGGAGACUGUUUGGGAUUUUGCCAGGCGCAUCGUGCCCGACCCAAACAUCAUCAAAUUAAAACGAGAGGAAGAGACCCUGGAUACCAUCAAACAAUACUACGUACUGUGUAACAGCAAGGAGGAAAAGUUCGAAGCCUUGUGUAACAUCUAUGGAGCCAUCACGAUUGCCCAGGCUAUGAUUUUCUGCCAUACAAGAAAGACUGCAGGCUGGCUGGCAGGGGAGCUUUCCAAAGAGAACCACCAGGUGGCGCUGCUUAGUGGGGAAAUGCAAGUGGAGCAGAGGGCUGCUGUUAUUGAACGCUUUAGAGAUGGGAAGGAGAAGGUCCUUGUAACCACAAAUGUUUGUGCCAGGGGCAUUGAUGUGGAGCAGGUAUCGGUGGUGAUCAAUUUUGACCUGCCAGUAGACCAAGAUGGUAACCCGGACAACGAGACGUACCUGCACAGGAUCGGUCGCACGGGUCGAUUCGGUAAAAGGGGACUGGCCAUCAACAUGGUGGACAGCAGGAUGAGCAUGAACAUCCUCAACAGGAUCCAGGAACAUUUUAACAAGAAAAUAGAGAAACUAGACACUCACGACCUGGAUGAAAUAGAGAAAAUCGCCAGCUAAAGAGUGUUACGUGAGCCAACGAAUUGGACUUGACAACUAGACUUGUUGACUGCUCUGCAAGGACUGUACGCUUCUUUGCAACGUCUUUUUAAGUUUGUAUUUUGUUUUUAAAAUGGGGUGGAAGGGGGUAGUGUCACGGACCAACGGACAAAUACUGUACGUUUACACACGGAAUGGACUUAAGUCUGUGAAACAUACCCCAUUUCACUCUUUUUACUUCAUGGAAUAAAGUUUGAGUUGUAAUUCUGAAAAGAAAACAAAUGUACAAGAAAGCCCAUUUUACUCUGCUGUUUAUAUAUAUUUUAGGUUUUUAACGAAUGUAUCUUCAGGCUUUUACUGCAUUGAAAGUCUGUAGAAAGGGUGAAGUUGGGUAUGCUGCUGCACGGUUUUGGAUGAUGACGGCGAUGGUUAGAUUUUAAGGGUCUAUGCAAACUUGGUGUACACCUGUGGUCAAAUAGCAGAAGUGAAUUCUAAAUUAACCUCUACUUUAGCUUCAGGGUGUGUAGCCAAAUGCCAAAAAGGCUGCCAACAGAGAUGUGACACGAUUAACUCCUCAACACAUGAACAUUUUAGAUCAUUCUAGGUUAAAGUGACUGUCCAGUUAAAUCGUAGGUCGAGGUACCACUGUAUUUUACUUUGACUGGACAGUUGCACAGCUCAUUUUUUAAAUAGUAUUAGAAUGAGUACAUCUUACAGCUAAACUAUUGUUUUUAAACAUUUGUCACACGAUGCGUAGUUUCUUUCCAAAUUUGGACUAUUCAAGUCCGAUGUGGUUUUGUCUCGCAAUCGCCUCAAUCAGGGUCGAACUUGAGCUCCAUUACAUUCUUCACCUAAACUGCAAACUUCUCAAUGAUUGUGAGUUAAAUACACAGCCUUCCUCAAGUGCAUUAUAUAUACUUAUUUUGUUAUUGAUAAUCCAAAAUAUUGGACUUAACAUGCUGAACGACACUUGAAAUUUUUAUCUAUUGAACUCUUAAACCAAAUGCUGAAUUGACUCGCGGACCUAUGCCAAUCAGAUUUACUGUUACGUCACGGUCACAUUAUACAUGUGUACUUGUGUACACAUUUACAGCUUAAAUUGCGCGAUUUAUUGAGAAGUGUCACUUCUGGGAAGUGCAAAAACACAUUCCUCAUGAGGUUCAACUUUGCCAUAGCUCAAUUUGAAAACAAAGUGGCUGUGCAUCUGUCGGUGAUUAUUUAACUGUCUUCUGGAACAUUAAAAGGGACAGCGUUUGAACCUUCGACAAACCUCAUUUAACCCCCACUGGCAGGGACGAGGCUGGUGGCUUUUAUUCAUUGACUGUUUACGGGAACUAGAUGCAUCCAAAUUGGAGGCUAGCGACAGGGUGUGGAAAAAAAAAUUGUAUGCGGUUUAAUUUGGAUGUAUAGAAUACAUAGGGGAAUGUGCGCACCUUCUAUAUGGUAUAACUUAAGAUGAACACGAACAGCAUAUACACUCCACAUGUUGUAAACUUUGUUUUGAUAUUAGAAGCUACCCUGUGUUCAUGUACACAGUAUGUAGGCUCAAGAGUAACACGUGGAUUUGUAUGUGGUCAUUUGAGCUGCGUUCACAGAUGAGUCAUGACUUGUAUGAAGUAAAAGAAUGUGUAGGUGGUCAUCUGUUUGCAGUAUUCUUUUAAUGUGUCCUAAAAUAUCGACUAGAGAGGCUUUAAUAGUUUCACAAAAAUCACUUUUAUUACAUUCACACUGGUUUGCGCGUCACCCGUCGGAGGCUGCAGUUGAGGUUUGCGGUGACGGUAGCAGGUCUGAUAAAACACAAACGAUAUUGGCUAUAUUAGAACAAGCAAUGAACAAAUGAUGUGAAAGCCGGCAUGACAUACUUCAGUUAAAACUAGGGCUGUCAAACGAUUAAUUUUUAAUCGAGUUAAUUACAGCUUAAAAAUUAAUCGCAAUUCAAAGCAUCUCUAAAAUAUGCCAUAUUUUUCUGUAAAUUAUUGUUGGAAUGGAAAGAUAAGACACAAGAUGGAUAUAUACAUUCAACAUACGGUACAUAGGGACUGUAUGUUUAUUAUAAUGCCAUCUUGUUGAUUUGUUAACAUUCUGUUAAAGCGAUCCAUGGAUAGAAAGACUUGUAGUUCUUAAAAGAUAAAUGUUCGUACAAGUUAUAGAAAUUUUAUAUUAAAACACAACAUGUGGGCAUUUCACUGUACUGUCAUUUAAAUCUGAGCGGGGCAUGUGCGUUAACAGCGUCAAAUAUUUUAACAUGAUUAAUUACUGCCCGUUAACGCGAUAAUUUUGACAGCCCUAGUUAAAACAUUUUUU